CCCGGAAGUGAUUUAACGUCGAGGUGAACGCUAGUUGUGCUAACAGCGCCUCAGUGCAGGUUUACUGAACACACACACACACACACACACCCGGAGAGCAGGAGUGUGUAGAUUGUGGUGAAGAUGCCGAAGAAUAAAGGUAAGGGAGGAAAGAACCGGCGGCGCGGUAAGAAUGAGAACGAGUCUGAGAAGAGAGAGCUGGUGUUUAAGGAGGAUGGACAGGAGUACGCUCAGGUGAUUAAAAUGUUGGGAAACGGACGGUUAGAGGCGAUGUGUUUUGAUGGAGUGAAGAGACUGUGUCACAUCAGAGGAAAACUGAGGAAAAAGGUUUGGAUAAACACGUCUGACAUCAUUUUAAUCGGACUAAGAGAUUAUCAGGAUAAUAAAGCUGAUGUGAUUCUGAAGUAUAAUGCAGAUGAAGCGAGAAGUCUGAAGGCGUACGGUGAACUGCCUGAACACGCUAAAAUUAACGAGACAGACACGUUCGGACCGGGCGACGACGACGAGAUUCAGUUCGAUGACAUCGGAGACGACGACGAGGACAUUGAUGAUAUCUGAGGCGGCGGUGUGUGUGUGUGUGGGUGGAUGGAUGAAGGAUGGCUGUGUUUACACUAAGAGGACGAUACUGCUUGCUUCUGAUUGGACAGAAUUCAUUCAACUUCUUUUUUUUUUUUUUCCACCUGACAAACUGGUGAUUUAAUCUCUCUCUCUCUUUCUCUCUCUCUCUUUCUCCCAGUAGCCCAUUUCAACCUACAGUUUUUUGUUAGUGUUUUAAAGUAUUUAUAUUUUAUUUCACCGUUUUUGCUGAAGUGUAAAGUUUAGAAUGUGACACCAAGAUUUACAAUAAAAGAAUUAAACCCACCGA